UCAUUAAGCUGAGCCAUUCUAGCUGCUGCACCUUUGCAUCUGGAGUUUUCCAAAUAUGUCCUUGAUUCUGUCGCUAAUUCCAAAAUUUUGCACGCAUUUUUGAUGAAGUGACCACAUAGCACUUCUCAAAGCCUUUGAAGGAUGGAAGGAUGCAAAUCGAAAUGGAAGGGAAAGAGCAUUCUGUUGGGAUAGCUUUUUGUCCCCAGUAACCUUGCAGUUGAUGGACGAUAUGAGAAUGCAGUUUCUAGAUCUAUUAUCAGACAUUGGCUUUGUAGACAAAUCAAGGGGUGCUAAUGCUUACAACCAAUACAGCCAUGAUUUGGAGAUGAUCUGUGCAAUCCUUUGUGCUGGACUCUACCCAAAUGUUGUGCAGUGCAAAAGAAGAGGAAAGCGAACACAAUUCUACACUAAAGAAGUUGGGAAAGUUGACAUCCAUCCUGCUUCUGUCAAUGCAGGGGUUCAUCUCUUCCCUCUGCCGUACAUGGUUUACAGUGAAAAGGUGAAAACAACUGGCAUCUACGUCCGAGACUCUACAAAUAUAUCGGACUACGCUCUACUUCUAUUUGGUGGUAAUCUCAUCCCUAGCAAAUCCGGGGAGGGCAUUGAGAUGCUUGGUGGUUACCUUCAUUUCUCUGCAUCAAAGAGCGUUUUAGAGCUAAUACGGAAAUUGCGUGGGGAACUUGAUAAGCUUCUAAAUAGGAAGAUUGAGGAACCGGGGUUGGACAUUUCUGUGGAGGGAAAAGGAGUGGUUGCUGCUGUGGUUGAGUUAUUGCACAAUCAUGAUGCACGUUACUAAUGUCUCCACUUUUUUUCCAAAAUUAACACAGUUAAGCAGCAGUCCUGCUGCCAUUCCUUUCUUCUUCUUUUUCCUUCCUAGUAAGCAACAUGAGAACCAUUGAAUUCGGCCACUAACAUUUUUGGGCAUUAGGAUGCAUGUAAUUUAGUUGGGUGGCUAUAAUAUUAAUUUUAUGAUUUUUUAUGUAGGAAAAAAUAACAUGGAGGAUGUUUUAGCGAUCUCAGUUUGUAUUUAGCUAAAACAUCUAUAAGGGUUGAAAUUUUU